AUGGUGUGCACGUCUUUCAAAUCCCGGAUUCUGGCCCUUUGCUUCACCGUGCUUGCAGCAGGCCAGAAGAUCGAAAUCCAAGCCCCUGGUCAUUCACCCCAAGGCGCUUCUCAGCCAGUUGACCAUGCAUUUGGCUCAUUCUCUUGGCCCGUCCAUUUCUUCGCGGACUAUGCUGGAAACAAGAGCCAUCCAAAUCGCUUCUCGCAAGACAUAGUCAACCUUUUACACGAAAAGACAGGAGCACACCCUCAUAUUCGAGUUGGUGGAACCUCUGCUGACCGCGCUAUAUACAAUGCUUUGGAUAAUGCACUUGCCGAGGCGAAGGUGGCAUUGAGCCACAUCCGUGGAAACCUCUAUGCUUUUGAAAUUGGCAAUGAGCCAGAUCUCUACCCGGGAGAUGUGAGGCCGUUGAAUUACACAGUGGCUGAUUAUGUCGGGGAGUGGAGAGCUUUUGCAGAUACUAUUUCCAAGGAAGUGCUGCAUAACAAUCAAUACGGCCUGGAGGAUUGGAAACUAUUCCAAGCAUUGACGUUCAUUUUCUAUUUCAAUGGCUUUUCUACGGCACAAGCAUUUGAGGAUGGGAUUGACGCAGACGGACAUAUCAAAUCGGUCUCAUGGCAUCAAUAUGCCUCCGGAAAUCAGGACUGGGUUCGACUUCAAGAAUCCUUCAUGAACCAUACCGCGAUAGCUGCGAAUCUUACCCAAUAUACCGACGACAUGGUACUAAUUCAUGCUCACGAUCCCAACAUCACAUUCCUUCUAGGUGAAACAAACAGCGACUAUGUGAACUUGAACAUGAGUCAAGUAGAAGGCGUCUUCGGAAGCUCCCUCUGGUUGAUAGACUACCUUCUCUAUGGAAUGAGUCUAAAUAUCACUCGCUUCAACUUAAUCCAGGGAACGACAUUCGGUUACGCUGGUUGGACACCCGUCGAAUAUAACGGCUUGGCACCACAAGUCCGAGCUCCACUCUAUGGCCAAAUAGUCGCUGCUGAUGCCAUUGGUCGGCAUCCGAUGGUCCAAGUGAAGGCACUAGAGUUCGAGCGAGACGAUCUCUCUGCCUAUGCAAUCUAUGAAUCGGGUAUACUUGCCCGAUAUGUUGUCGUCAAUUUGGACGAGUGGAACUCGAUAUCAAACUAUCCCAGACCGUCGCGAAAGCUCGCGGUUAAGAUACCGCGUCACCUGAAGAGUGUGGAUGUGAAGAAGCUUGUUGGGCCAGGGGCAAGUGCUGAUACAGACAUCUCGUGGGGUGGCUUCAGUUGGAAUUAUACAGAUGGCAGACUUGCUAGAUCUGGGAAGAGAGAAGUGGAGGUUUUGAGGCCAUCGAAUGGUGCUGUGUCUCUUGAGUUAUUCUCGACCGAGGCUGCGAUUGUAGAACUAAAGCUGGAAUAG